AUGAACGUUGAACUUCUUUUUCAAAAUUUAUUAUCUUCAAACAACGAAAUACGUUCAAAUGCUGAAAAAUUAUAUAACUCAUUACUUUCUCAACCAACUACAUUAAUCUCUACUCACAUUCAAGCACUUAAUUCUAACGAUCCUAAUAUUCGUUUAUUAUCUGCAAAUUUAUUAUCUCGUAAUUUUUACAAAGCACAACCCUCAUUAUAUCAUUAUUUAACUGAUGAACAAAAACAACAAUUCAAAUUAUUUUUAAUUCAUCUCCUUCAAAGUGAUUCUCCUCCAGCACUUCUUCGUGCUUAUUCAUCAUUACUUUAUGAUACUUUUACUGUUUCUCCUUCAUUUCCAGAACUUCUCCCUGCAUUAAAGUCAAUGUUUACAUUUCCAUCUCCACAACACCGAUCAAUAGCAUUGUCUACAGUUGCAUUAUUAAUCAUAUUUUCAGAGCCAAGUGUUGAUUUCAUUCGUGAAUCUCUUAACUCUGCAAUAAAAUUGUUAAAUGAUGUUGGUAUUGUUGUUGUUUCUUCAUUACAAUUAUAUAAAUCAGUCAUUGAAGUUUGUGAAGAAGAAGGAAAAGAAUUUACUGAAGAAGUUGUAUCACAUUAUCCUCAAUUCUUAGAAGCUGCAAUUCAUGUAUUGGAAACAGAUAGGUUAAAUGCACAAAGUUGUAUAGAAGUUAUAAGUGAAAUGAAUGAAACAUCAGCAUUAUUUAAUAAUUAUUUAAAACAAACAUGUACAUUCGCUUUAUUAGGUGUAAAAUUAUUAGGAAGUGAUGCUAUUCCUUCAAUGGAAUGUCUUGCUGUUUUAUGUGAAACUUAUAGAACAUUGGGUGAUGCUUUAUUACCUACAAUGAAGUAUUUAUAUCAAUGGCUUUGUACAAUUCAAGAUAAUCCUGAAUGGUAUCAAUUUAAAGAAGAAGAAAAAGAUAGUUUAUGUUCUGCUGCAGAAGAAUUUAUGUUUAGAUUUAGUUUUUUUAAACCAACAAAAGAAGUAUUAAGUUUAGCCCCUUCAAAUCCAACAUGGCAACAAGCUAGAUCAUUUAUUUUUAUGGUUUCACAAAUCGUUUCAAUAGAUACUUCUUCAUUAUAUGCAUCUAUCCCUCAAAUAUAUCAAUCAUUUUUAUCAAUUAUUUCUCUUCAUCCAAGAGUUACUUAUGAAGUCUUGGUAUUUGCCAAUAGAGUUCUUAAAUCAUAUCCCUCACUUAGAAGUACUUUUGAACCUAUUGUAUGUCAAUUAAUAGCAACAAACAUUAAUUCUCCAAUUCCAAAAAUUCAAGCAAGAACGUGUGACUUCUUAUCCUUUUUUAUUGACUCUGCAUCAACAGCUCUAAUGAAAGAAAAGAUGGAAUCAAUUAUUUCAAUGUUACAACCAUUAUUACAGUCAAGUGAGUUACAUGUCCUUUCAUCUGCAAUUUGUGCAAUAUCUUUUCUUGUUACUAGAGUCCAAAAAUUAUUUACACGUUAUGCAUCUUCAUUUUUAAAUGGUUACUUCCAAUUAUUAAAUAAAAUACCAACAACUUAUGAAUACUUUGAACUUCGUGGAAGAAUUAUUGAGUCUAUUAGUAUUAUUGGAUUUUAUCUUAAUAGUUCAGAACUUACUUUGUUUGCUCAAAAAUUAACAGAACAAUUAUAUGUGUGUCUUUCUUUACCAAAUAUAAAAGUAGAUGACCCAUUACUCGGAUAUAUAGAAACAAUUAUUAUAAGAAUGCUUCCCUUGUUAAAAGAAUAUUUCUAUCCAUUUAUUACUAAAUUUCUUCCUUUUUUACUCCAACGAUGUAAAAUACAAAUUCCAAUUAAAAAUGCAAGUGGAUUAUCUGAAGAGAAGAAAAGUGCUAUGGGAUGUUUAUCUGUAUUGAUUUCUGAAGCACAUAAAUUGUUACUACCAGUAAUGAAUCAUGUUAUUGAAAUUAUUGUAACAGAAUCAAGGUCAAUUAACAUUAGUAUUGCUUCUAUUGCUAUUAAUGCUGCUGGUUCAUUAUUUAUUAUAUUAUAUCAAGACCAAAGAAGUCCAGAAAUAGAACUUACUUUACAAAGACUAGUUGCUGUAUUAGAUUCAGGAUGUCAUUCAUUUGAUUCAGAGUUAUGUUCUGCAGGAAUAGGAACAUUAGAAAGAAUUAUAUCUCAUGACAUUCCAUUAGAUAGUAAUAUUGUUAUGUCAAAUAUUGCAGCUGCUUUGAAACAUCUAGAACAAUUUAGAGAAGUUGGCAAAGUAACAGAAACAUUAUUGUCUGCUUUAUCUACAUCAAUUGUUUUGGGUUCGAUGAGUAAUGCAUAUGCUAAUUAUAUUCAUCCAGUUAUUUUGGAGAAGUUAAAAGGGUCUUCUUCUUCACGAGUUGUUUCAAUGAGAGUAUUAAAAAUUGCUAUUAGGGAUUGCGGAUUAAAAACUCCAGGAAUUAUUGAAGGGUUAAAUGAUUCUUGUAUUGCUGUAAGAGAUGCAGCAAUAAGUGCAUUAGUUGCUUCUUUUGAACGUGGGUUUGAGAAUAUUGAAGAAGUAUUAAAUAGGUUAUGGAAAAUGGUAAAAGAAGAAACGAAUGAAUAUGUCCAAUCUAAAGCGGUCAGGAAAUUAGGAAGAAUUAUUUUAGAUCUUAAACUUCCUGAACAAGCUAAAGAAUGGCUAAAAUAUUUACCUAUUAAAAAUAAAAAUGAAAAACUCUGUAAUGAGUUAUGUUUAAUGUAUAUUAAUGGUUUAAUUAAUUUAGAACAAAACCACAUUCCUAAUCUUCUUAUUAUUCUUGCUGAUAAUUUCUUAUAUCGUUCUCAUACAAAAGAAAAUCUUAUUAUAAUGAAACAAGUAUUAACAGUCGUUUCAGAAAAGUACGAUACUUUAACAAAACAAUGUAUUCAAAAUAUGAGUCUCGAAAGAAAAGAUGCUCUUAAUGAAAUUAUAUCAAGUUAA